UACCGGCGUGAGUCGGGAAUUCUUCUUCUCGGAUUUUCGUCAAUUUGGACCUUCACGAUCUGGCAACAUCUGACUGUAGAAGAAAACCUGUAAAAAUGGCCGCAACCAAAUUCGGAGUGCUCGCUCGUAACUUCAGCACCAGUUCAUCAUCCCAGCAGUUGGUGAAGGCUCCAGUCCAAGUUUUUGGGUUGUAUGGUCGCUAUGCCUCAGCACUCUACUCUGCUGCUUCCAAACAGAAAUCUUUGGACAAAGUUGAGAGCGAGUUGAAGGACUUUCAUGCAACUAUCGCCAAAGAUUCUCGUUUGGCAGAAUUCAUUGCCAACCCCACUUUGAAGAGAUCACUUAAGAAAGAUGCUCUUAUUUCAGUUGCCAAGAAAUUGAACAUGAGUGCUGUUACAGGCAACUUCCUUGAACUCCUUGCUGAGAAUGGAAGACUUAACAAAUUGGAUGUUGUCACUGGCCAUUUCUUUACCAUGAUGGCUGCAUUCAGAGGUGAAGUUGUAUGUGAGGUCACCUCAGCCAAGGCCUUGGAUGCUGCUACAUUGAAAGAGGUUACUGCCGCUCUUUCUGGAUUCUUGCAGAAAGGACAGUCUCUCAAGAUUUCAACCAAAGUGGAUCCCUCCAUUGUUGGUGGUCUUGUAGUUGUCCUAGGAGAUCGCUACAUCGACAUGAGUUUGGCAUCCAAGAUUGAACGUUACACCACUCUCCUUAAACAACCCGUCUAGAAAUUUUAAGUUGGCUGCGUUAUAGUGGGAAACAAAUAUGUACAUCAAAUGGCAAAGAUAUGCUGUAGUGGAUAUGAAAAAUAAAAGAAAUCGUAUCACGAGGUUCUCCUUGUAUGCAAACAAAA